AUGAAGGAUCCUACGCAAUCACUAGAGACAUUCCAUAUACCCGUCGAUGAAGUUGAAGCCAGGAUUAAGAGUGCAUCAGAUCAACUCGAUAGUUUUGUACGGACCCGAGCAGCAGCCUUUGCAAGUAGUUCCUCAGAAGCACAGCAGCAAUCACAACGACAUGCAGAACGCGUCGAAGAGCAAAAGGCGACUAUCGCAAAAUACAAGGAACAGCUUAGUCAGUUGUCACAACCAUCGCGUGUCGAAGAAUUAUCAAAGAGAAGAUCAGAGAUUGAUGCCUUACAGCAAACAUACAGCACUGAACAAGGAAAAGAGGCCGUUAUCCAUCGUGAGCGUGAUAAAGUAUAUGAGCUGAUACAAGAGAAGAAGAAAGAAGCACAAAGGGAGCCUUCCUUGGAUCAAGUACGAUCAUCAUGCCAAUCUGAGCUUGAGUUUGUAUCCGAGAACCUAAAGUUAAGGAUGAGAGGAAAAGGAGGUAACAAGGUCAAGUUUACAUUCACUUGCAUCAAUGAACGUGAUCACCACCGUAAAUAUUCCUUUAUAUUGCAUUUACCGCCACAUGAGCCAUUUUCAGUCUUGGAAUGUGUGCCUGAAGUACCUGGUCUAUCCCACAUUUUGUCAGGGCUCAACGCUGAUAGGAAUAUAUAUACAUUUAUUACUCGGAUGAGAGCUGCCUUUGUAGAUUUAUCUAGUAAAGAAGAGGAUGACAAAAUAUAA